CCCAUGGCUCCUGCAGAUCUCCCAGCCUCCCUUCCUCUGUGUGUGUGUCUGCUGCUGGCCUCUGACUUUGCCCAGGCAGGCAGGCUGCUGGUGGUGCCCAUGGAUGGGAGCCACUGGUUCACCAUGCAGAUGGUUGUGGAGAAACUCAUCCACAGGGGGCAUGAGGUGGUGACAGUUGUGCCAGAGGUGAGUUGGCAACUGGGAAAAUCCCUGAAUUUGACAGUGAAGACAUAUUCAACUUCUUAUACUCUGGAGGAAUUCAAUCAUAAGUUCCAGUUUAUUUCUGACUCUCAAUGGAUAACUCCAGAACAACAUAUACUUUCUGUAAUAACAGGCUCAGGCAAAGUGUUUUUCGAAUUAAUGUCUUCACACUGUAGGAGUUUGUUUCACGACAAGAAGUUAGUGGAGUUCUUGAAGCAGAGUUCUUUUGAUGCUGUGUUUCUGGAUCCUUUUGAGGUGUGCGGUUUAACUGUGGCCAAGUAUUUGUCACUCCCUUCAGUGGUCUUUUCAAGGUAUUUCUUUUGCCACCAUUUUGAAGAGGGCACACAGUGCCCCAGUCCACUGUCUUAUGUUCCGAGACUCUUCUCCAAAUUCACAGACACCAUGACUUUCAUGGAGAGAGUGUCAAACACUGUUUUCUACAUGGAAGAGCGUGCAUUUUGCCACUACUUGUUCAAAACUGCUACAGACAUUGCCUCUGAAGUUCUCCAGACCCCAGUGAGUAUGGAUAACCUCUUCAGCCAAGUGUCCAUUUGGUUGUUACGCACAGACUUUGUGUUAGAUUUCCCCAGACCUGUGAUGCCCAACAUGGUCUUCAUUGGUGGAAUCAACUGCCAACAAAGAAAGCCACUUUUGAAGGUAUGUUGUCUCUUCUUUAGCACAUGA